AUGGCAAGUAACAGUCUAAGACUCAGUAGUUCUUCAGUUUGGAGAAAUAGUGUAGAUGUUUUCUCACAGUCAUCAACAAGAGAUAGUUAUGAUGAUGAGGAAGCUCUCAAAUGGGCUACUCUGCAGAAACUGGCUACUUAUAAUCGUCUCAAGAAAGGCCUUCUCGUUAAGUCGAAUGGUUCUGGUGGAAAUAGUAUAGAUGAAGUUGACAUUCAGAAUCUUGGUGUUCAAGAGAAGAAGGAGCUCAUAGAAAGACUAAUGAGAGAUUCUGAAGGUGGUAAUGAGAAGUUCUUGCUCAAACUCCGGAAAAGGCUUGACAGGGUUGGGAUCGAUUUACCGAAAAUCGAAGUCAGAUUUGAGCAUUUGAAAGUUGAUGCAAAAGUUUAUGUAGGAAGCAGGGCUUUACCAAGUUUUCUGAAUUCUGUGUGGAAUAUGCUGGAGGGCUUCUUCAACUGCCUCCACAUACUACCAGAUAGAAAGAAGAAUUUGUCUAUACUUAGUGAUGUUAGUGGAAUAAUCAAGCCUGGCAGAAUGGCAUUGCUACUAGGCCCACCAAGUUCUGGCAAGACAACAUUGUUGUUGGCUUUGGCAGGAAGGCUUGAUUCUGAUCUGAAAGUUUCCGGGAGGGUGACUUACAAUGGUCAUGAAAUGCAUGAAUUUGUACCCAACAGGACAGCUGCAUAUAUCAGCCAAAAUGAUUGCCAUAUUGGAGAAUUGACUGUGAAAGAAACCUUGGCUUUCUCUGCUAGGUGCCAGGGAAUCGGAUUUCGUUAUGAGAUGUUGGCUGAACUGUCAAGAAGAGAGAAAGAGGCAAAUGUUAAGCCAGAUCCUGAUAUUGAUCUCUUUAUGAAGGCUGCUGCAACUGAAGGACAAGAGGCCAGCGUGGUCACAGAUUAUGUGCUGAAGCUUUUGGGAUUAGAUAUAUGUGCAAAUACAGUGGUUGGGAGUGACAUGAUGAGGGGUAUUUCUGGAGGGCAGAAGAAGCGGGUUACUACAGGUGAGAUGUUGGUUGGACCAUCAAAUGCUCUUUUUAUGGAUGAGAUAUCUACUGGUUUGGACAGUUCGACAACAUAUCAGAUUGUGAAUUCACUGGGUCACACAGUCCACAUUCUUGAAGGAACUGCAGUCAUCUCCCUUUUGCAGCCAGACCCUGAGACUUAUAAUCUAUUCGAUGAUAUUAUCCUCCUAUCUGAUGGCCAUAUAGUUUACCAAGGUCCUCGGGAACACGUGCUUGAGUUUUUUGAAUCUAUGGGUUUCAAGUGUCCAGACAGGAAAGGAGUCGCAGACUUCUUGCAGGAAGUAACAUCAAAACAAGACCAGGAAAAAUAUUGGCUGCACAGAGAUGAGCCUCACAGAUUUAUUCCAGCCCAAGAAUUUUCUAAAGCUUACCAAGCAUUCCAUGUGGGCCAAAGAAUGAGAGUCGAUCUUGGAACUCCAUUUGACAAGAGCAAAAGCCACCCAGCUGCUUUGACAACUAAUAAGUUUGGAGUUAAGAAGAUGGAACUCUUAAAGGCAUGCACCUCAAGAGAAAUCUUACUUAUGAAACGGAAUGCAUUUUUAUACAUCUUCAAAUCGAGCCAACUUUUCUUAAUGGCGUUGAUUGCAAUGACACUGUUCCUGAGAACUAAUAUGCACAAAGAAUCAGUAAAAGACGGAGGCAUAUACAUGGGUGCUUUGUUUUUUACAGUUACAUGCAUAAUGUUUAAUGGAAUGCCCGAAAUGGCUAUAACAAUGGGAAGGCUCCCCGUGUUUUACAAACAUAGGGACCUUCAAUUCUAUCCCCCAUGGUCAUAUUCCCUGCCUGCAUGGAUCAUCAAGAUCCCUAUUUCAGUUAUUGAAGCUUUUGUUUGGAUAGUCCUCACCUAUUAUGUUAUCGGAUUGGAUCCAAAUGUUGGAAGGUUGUUUAAACAGUACCUACUGUUAGUACUACUCAACCAGAUGGGUACUGCAUUAUAUAGGUGCAUUGCAGCAAUCGGUAGGACUUUGGUUGUUGCAAACAAGUGUGGUUCAUUUGCACUGCUUAUUCUUUUUGCGCUUGGAGGCUUUGUCUUAUCACGAGAUAAUGUACAUGUUUGGUGGAUAUGGGGGUACUGGCUUUCGCCAAUGAUGUAUGGGAUGAAUGCAAUUGCAGUGAAUGAAUUUCUUGGCCAUCAAUGGAAUCAGCCACUAGGAAUCAUGAUUUUGAAAUCACGAGGGUUCUUCCCAUAUGCUUAUUGGUAUUGGAUAGGAGUUGGGGCACUGCUUGGAUUUACAUUACUUUUCAAUUUCUGCUUCACAUUGGCUCUCAGUUUUCUUGACCCUAUUGGGAAGCCUCAAGCUGGCCGUUCACAUGCGGAUAAAGGUGAUCAAAUUAGAAGAAACUCACAUGGUGAGGCUAAUCAUAACAGGAGAAAGGGAAUGGUUCUCCCUUUUGAACCACACUCAAUAACAUUUGAUGACAUUACGUACUCUGUUGACAUGCCUCAGCAAUUGAAAGAACAAGGCAUACCUGAGAAUAAGUUGAUGCUCCUGAAAGGUGUGAGUGGGGCUUUCAGGCCAGGUGUUCUCACUGCUUUAAUGGGUGUCAGUGGUGCUGGAAAAACAACUUUGAUGGAUGUACUGGCUGGUAGAAAAACAGGUGGAUAUAUUGAAGGUCAUAUUACAAUCUCCGGAUAUCCAAAAAAACAAGAAACUUUUGCCCGGAUAUCUGGAUACUGUGAACAGAAUGACAUUCAUUCACCUCAUGUCACUGUCUAUGAGUCCUUGCUCUACUCAGCAUGGCUGCGCCUGCCUUCAGAUGUUAAUUCUGAGCGUAAAAAGAUGUUUGUUGAUGAGGUCAUGGAACUUGUUGAACUAAAAUCAUUGAGGGAUGCACUUGUUGGCCUGCCAGGUGUAAGUGGGCUAUCAACUGAGCAGCGGAAGAGACUAACUAUUGCGGUUGAGCUAGUGGCGAACCCAUCAAUAAUAUUUAUGGAUGAGCCUACAUCAGGACUGGAUGCAAGGGCGGCUGCUAUUGUUAUGAGAACAGUGAGAAACACCGUUGACACAGGAAGAACCGUCGUUUGCACCAUCCAUCAACCAAGCAUAGACAUAUUUGAAGCUUUCGAUGAGUUAUUACUUAUGAAACAAGGAGGACUGGAGCUGUAUGUUGGACCAGUGGGACGCCAUUCCUGCGAGCUAAUCAAAUAUUUUGAGGAAAUAGAAGGGAUAAAUAAAAUUAGGGAGGGAUAUAAUCCAGCCACUUGGGCCUUGGAAGUUACAAGUUCAAAUCAAGAACUGAUUCUUGGAGUUGAUUUUACUGAAGUUUAUAGGAAUUCAGAUCUGUACAGAAGAAACAAGGCUCUAAUAAAAGAAUUAAGUACCCCUCAGCCGGGAUCAAGGGAUCUGUCGUUCCGUACUCAGUACUCUCAGUCAUUCCUCAUCCAGUUUUUGACAUGCCUAUGGAAACAGAGGGCAUCAUACUGGCGAAAUCCUCCCUACACUGCAGCCAGAUUCUUCUUUACUACAUCUAUCGCGUUGUUGUUUGGGACAAUGUUCUGGGAUCUUGGCAACAAGAGGAGGGUUCGACAGGAUCUGUUCAAUUCUAUGGGAUGUAUGUAUAGUGCAGUAACCUUUAUUGGGAUCCAAAAUGCUUCAUCUGUGCAGCCCGUGGUGGCUGUCGAAAAAACAGUAUUUUACAGAGAGAGAGCUGCUGGAAUGUACUCUUCCAUGGCUUAUGCAUUAGCUCAGGUGCUGGUAGAAAUACCAUACAUUUUUGUGCAAACUGUGGUGUAUGGUGUUAUUGUUUACUCGAUGAUCGGAUUUGAGUGGACUGCGGCAAAAUUCUUCUGGUACAUAUUCUUCAUGUUUGUGACAUUAUUGUACUACACCUUCUUUGGCAUGAUGACUGUGGCUGUGGCUCCCAACCCAAGCAUCGCUUCUAUUGUAUCUGGGUUGUUUUUCGGAUUAUGGAACUUGUUUGCUGGAUUUAUUGUCCCUAGAACUAGGAUACCGAUAUGGUGGAGAUGGUACUACUGGGCAAAUCCUGUUGCAUGGACAUUGUAUGGGCUCUUGGCUUCUCAGUAUGGAGAUGUGAAGGAUGUGCUGGAGGAUGAACAUGUUAGUGUCGCGGAAUUCUUGCAGACGUACUUUGGAUAUGAGCAUGACUUUAUCGGAGUUUCUGCAGCUGUUGUUUCUGGUUUUACACUUUUAUUUGCUUUCGUUUUCGCCUUGUCAACUAGAGUGCUCAACUUUCAGAACAGAUAG